AACACGUGCACGUCGCGCUGACAACGAGCACCUCACCCUCGCACCACGUCGGGCUCGGGGACAGUUCCGCGCGAUUUUUCGACGCGAUUUCUAGCCCGCUCGCCGAACGCCGCGCGCGAGGACCCUCACCGCGAUGCAACUCUCGCCGUCCGGCGCGCACUUCCGCUAUAAAUCGCGCGAACGACGGGGCGAACGGCAUCCGCGGGAUUACAUCGCUAUGGCCUACACUGGGAUAUUCCGCGGGAAGAAAGGUCCUUAUAUGGGGAUGAUGUGUGAUAACACCGAGGGGUGUGACGUUUCGACAGCCAAUGGCGAUAGCGGUGGCGUUUCACUGCGCAAAAUCAUAAAAUUCCCAGCACUUGGAGCCGAGAUACUUUCGCUGAUACGGACGAUGAAAAGAGGGUUUUCGCGGAGACGCCGGAUAAGUCAACCUAUCUUAAACCGAGAUAUUAUCAAUAUCAGAUUUAUUCAAUGACUGAUGAUUUGCUGUCACACAGAUUUACUCAUAAUUCUUUUGGCAAAUAUGACAUUGUUAAACCAUGGUCGGUUUCUGAAAAGGCUGAUGUACCUGUGUACAUACCCCAACCAUCCUAUAGUCAAACAUCAGUACCUAAGGAUGGGCCAGAAAUACCAGAAAUCAAGGAUGCAUAUCAAAUAGAAUGUAUGAGGGACAGCUGUAAACUUGCCAGUUAUAUAUUACAUCAAGUUAAUCCGUUAAUUAAGCCUGGUAUUACGACCGAUUCUCUUGACAAACAAGUGCACGACAUGAUCAUUGGCAAUGGAGCUUAUCCGAGUCCGCUCAAUUAUCGUGGUUUCCCCAAGUCUAUAUGUACAAGUGUUAACAAUGUCGCUUGCCAUGGUAUUCCAGACAAUAGGCCUCUGCAAGACGGUGAUAUUCUUAAUGUCGACAUAACGGUGUACCUCAAUGGCUAUCACGGCGAUUGCUCGGCCAUGUUUCAAGUGGGCGAAGUCGAUUCUGAGGGCAAACGACUGAUAGCGAUCACGAAAUUGUGCUUAAAAGAGGCCGUGCGAAUAUGCAAACCGAACGAACAUUUGUACAAUAUUGGUAACGUGAUAGAAGAGAUAGCGGAUAAGCAUAAUCUGAACGUGAUACCUGUGUGCCUGGGUCACGGUAUCGGAACUUACUUCCACGGUGCCCCGGACAUUUUUCAUUUUGCAAACGAUUAUUCUGGGAGAAUGCAAUCGGGGAUGACGUUCACUAUCGAGCCGAUUUUGAGUCAAGGAUCGACACAGCUUGAGAUUUUGGAAGAUGGUUGGACGGCCUGUACCGUCGACAAUUCCAGAACAGCACAAUUCGAGCACACGAUUUUGAUCACGGACGACGGACAUGAAGUACUGACGCUUUAACGUGCACUUACUUUGGUCAUAGUGAUCUGUUAAUGUGAAUACAGUGAAAUAAAAAAUUUUAGGUUCUUACUUAUUAUUA